AUGAGCGCUGGGCACUGCCCGAUCGAGUUCUCCUUUUGGUCUCCCGCGAGCCACGUGUUCGCGUCAAGGUCAAACUCAGACGACAGCACCAAGCAUAGGGCUUUGCACUGGAUGCUAGCCAGGUUUACCAGAUGUGCAAGGGUCAAACCAUGGAGGGCCCACACAGAAGCGUCGCAAAUAAACUUCCAUCCUGUGACACGAAGAUUCUGUUCCCAUGGACCUUCGGCAUCCGACACGAAAAGAUCUGAGGACGAAUUGAAGCUCCUGCUUUACAAUUCAUUAACCAAGUCCAAGACAGAAGUAACCUCAGCCAGCGCACGCCCACUGAAGUGGUACAGCUGCGGACCAACGGUUUAUGAUACCUCCCAUUUGGGCCACGCUCGGAACUAUGUGACUCAGGAUGUUAUGCGACGGAUUUUAACCGACUACUUUGGACUAAACAUCCAAUAUGUCAUGAACGUAACUGACAUUGACGACAAGAUCAUUGAGCGAACACGCCAACACUACUUCCUCGACAAAUUUCGCCAAAAGCAUACCCGACUCACUUUGGACCUAAUAUCUGAAGUUGAGGAAGCAGUUGAAGCUUACUGCCAUGAGCAUCUGACUGGAUUGCCGAAUACAACCUCGUUGGAAGAGCUAUGGAGCAAUCUAGAUAAGCUGGCAAGUGACCAGACCUGGUUGGAAACGCGAGCGAAGGAAAGUGACCGGCUCAACCUGCGUCUGGCCUCAAUUAGAAGGUGCAGAGAAGCAUUAAAGGCUGUCCGAGCCCAUUACGAUGAUGGCGUGGUUAGCACUGAAUCCGCCCACCAAUUGAUUGAAGCGUCAAGCGAUAUCCUUGGACCAGCGCUGAAUCAUAAGUCUCGCUCACAACAGUUGGACCCCGGUCUGUACAGACGGCUGGCUGCCCAUUGGGAAGCCGAAUUCUUUUCGGAUAUGGCCAAAUUGAACGUCGUGCCUCCGGACGUCGUCACUCGCGUCACAGAUUAUGUCCCAGAGAUCAUAAAUUUCAUCGACCGUAUUAUUCAGAACGGCUACGCCUACUCUGUCGGUGGUAAUGUUUACUUCGACAUUCGCGCAUUCAACCAGGCUCCCGGACAUCAGUAUGGCAAGCUGAUUCCUUGGAACGAAAAUCAUGGGGGAAUGGAUGAUGCUGGAGAUACAGCGCCUGCUGCCCACAAAAAGUCGCCUUCUGAUUUUGCUCUCUGGAAAGCCUCGAAACCUGGCGAACCAUUCUGGGAAUCACCUUGGGGGCCUGGCCGCCCAGGUUGGCAUAUUGAAUGUUCGGCGAUGGCAACCGCAAUUCUGGGUGAAAAGCUCGACAUCCAUUCAGGCGGGAUUGAUCUGCUCUUUCCCCAUCAUACAAAUGAGCUCGCUCAAUCUGAGGCCUAUUUCAAGACCGAUUCAUGGGUCGAUUGCUUUAUUCACACAGGUCAUCUUCACAUUCAAGGUCUCAAGAUGAGUAAAUCCCUGAAGAACUUCAUCUCCAUCAAGGACAUCUUGCAAUGUUAUACUGCAGACCAGCUGCGUCUGGCGUUUCUGUUACAUCCAUGGCACGCGAAGUUCGAUUUCUCUGACGAGUUUAUGAAGUCUGAAGUUUUGACUCUGGAGGCCUUCUUCGCAAACCUCUUCAGUCGAACCAGAUCUCUGGCCCGCGCCGCCCAGUCCAGUUACCCCCCUCCAGCCCAGCACUUUGGGGCCCACGAAGCAGUUCUCAGAACGCAGUUGGAAGAUGCAAAGGUCGCCUUUCGUUCAGCGUUGGCAAAUUCGAUCGACUCAGUUGGUGCUCUAAACGUUCUCCGAAAACUCACUUCACAAACCAAUAUCUAUAUCGAUCGUCGAGGCGACUUCAUUAACGUUGCUCUACUGGGGUCUGUAACUCGCUGGAUCACGAAGAUGCUGCAACUUUUCGGUCUCACUAUUGGCGACGCUUCCAAUCUCGCUUCAACCCGUAUACGGGAGGAUGAACGAGAAGCCAUCGUAUAUCCUUACCUCGAAGCUUUAGCUAAGUUUCGAGACGGGGUUCGGCAGUUGGCGAAGGCGUCCGUUGGCCCAGCCUCUGGAGAACUUUUGAUGUUGUGCGAUCAGCUUCGAGACGAAGUCUUGCCACCGUUAGGCGUAUCAUUGGAGGACAAACCAGAUGGGAAUGCUCUCGUAAAGUUGGUGCCCCCUAGAACGGCAAAGUCUGUUGCAUUGGCAGGCAGCUCCGAUCAUACAGCGGAGACGAAGAGAACUUCCGACCGCCCAGGGUCACGUCGCUCCGUGGACAGCACGGUGAACCCGCGUGCUAUGUUCACACCACCUCACGUCGAAGAAGGCGUUUACAGUUCUUGGGACGAAGAAGGUCUCCCCCUUACGGAUGGAGAAGGGCAACCCAUCAGCAAAAAUCGAAGGAAAAGGCUCCAUAAAUUAUGGAAAUCCCAGUACCUCCGGUAUCAACAACAUAUGGCAUCACAGAGCGAAUAA